AUGUGAAAAUGAAAUUUUACAGCCAAUGCAUGUAUCAGAAAUUCUCAGUGUCCAUUAAAAUUUUGGGUUCAACUACCAGUAAUUUAUUCGGUUACAACAACCAAAAUCCACCACUUUUGGUUAAACUUUUUCCAAAUAUUUAAUUCUUAAAUAGGCAAUUUUACAAUUCUGGAAGAAAAAGAAACUUUUCUAUAUAAGAAAUCUUGCUCACAACUAUAAUAACUUUAACGCCUUCCUAGUCUACUCUAAACCUCCUCCUCUUUUAUUUGUACUAGCCUACUAGACAUAGACAUGGACAUUCAGAUACCGAGUUUGGGUCGAAAAUUUCAUGUAGCAUAUCUUUUAGAUAUGAAAAAUGGAAACUGAUCUGGUAAUUAAGAAUAUCGGAUCAGGUUCAGUUCGGUACUUGUCAGAUCCAAAUAUUUUUGGAUAUAUCCAAAUGAAUCGGUAUUUUUUUGGUUUUGGUUCGGAUUGACAUAUAUUUUAUCUUAUCAUAAUCGAAAAUAUCAACAUCCAAUCCUAAAUUACUAUAAACCCAAACACAUUAUAAAAUAAGAUAAAUACAAAAAGAUUUAAAACCAAAUAAAACAAAAGUUUAAGCAAACUUCAAACAAACAAGAAAUCCAACAUUUUAAAUAUAGGAUAAUCCAGCAUUCCAAACAAGCAAAGAAACAUAAAAUAGAGAUGAAAGUUUUAUAAUGAAACUAACAAAAGGAUGCAUAAGCAAGUUGCUAAAAAAGAUGCAUUAAAACAAGAGUUGUAAAAAAUGAUUAAGAAAUAUCAAAAUAUCUUAUACAUCAAUGAAAAGGAGAAAACAGUUGAGGCCGGAAUUACGUAAUUGCAUAAGUAUAUCAGAUACAAUCGGAUAUUUGUUCGGAUACUAGGUAAUAAUACCUGAUCCGAACCGGUACCCGGAACAUAAAAAAUCAUAUCUAGUCGGAUAUUUCUCUAUAUCCGAAUCCGAUGCGAAAUCCGAUUUUUUGGAUGAAUAUCGGUUCGGAUCUUCAGAUCCGGAAAAUAUGCCUAAGCCUAAUUAGUACAUGUGUUUGUAUAUAAUUGCUUACCCUUUAUAUGUAUAUGAGUGACGUAGUCUCUCUCAAAAAGAGAGAAACAAAACCCAAAACCUUAUAAGUUGAAAAUCCCCACAAACACACAGUUCUCAAAGUUGUUAGUUUCUUCCUUCUUGGCUGGUGUAUAGAGAGUACUAAGCAUGAAUUUGCAGAGAGCUAUGGUGUUCUCGUGUUGGGUUCUGUCUCUUUUGAUCAUCGAGACGUCAGGUUAUCACGAUCAGCUGUUUCAGCCGCUUGAAGCUGAAAACGCAAACGCGAUGACCAUGGUGAUGGAGCGAGGUUUACAGACGCGGGGGUCGGAGCACAAGAACGCAUAUGCGACGAUGAUGUACAUGGGAACUCCAAGGGACUACGAGUUCUACGUUGCGACACGUGUCUUGAUCAGAUCGCUCAAAGGUCACCAUGUUAACGCUGAUAUCGUCGUAAUCGCCUCCCUCGACGUUCCACUCAACUGGAUUCACAACCUGGAAGAAAUGGACGGAGCAAAAGUAGUGAGAGUAGAGAAUCUUGAGAAUCCAUACAAGAAACAAACCAACUUCGACAAUAGAUUCAAACUUAGUCUGAACAAGCUCUACGCUUGGUCUCUCUCAAACUACGACCGUGUUGUUAUGCUCGAUGCCGACAAUCUAUUCCUCAAGAACACUGACGAGCUCUUUCAAUGCGGCUCAUUUUGUGCUGUCUUCAUCAACCCUUGCAUCUUCCACACUGGCCUCUUUGUGCUGCAGCCAUCAAUGGAGGUCUUCAGAGACAUGAUUCGUGAGCUUGAAGUAAAAAGAGAUAAUCCUGAUGGAGCUGAUCAAGGCUUUCUUGUUAGUUACUUCUCUGAUUUACUUAAUCAGCCUCUGUUUCGUCCUCCUAAUAACCGCAGCACCGUGCUCACCGGACAUUUUAGGCUUCCUUUGGGGUAUCAAAUGGACGCCUCUUACUAUUACCUUAAACUCAGAUGGAAUGUACCGUGUGGACCAAACAGUGUGAUCACGUUCCCUGGAGCAGUCUGGUUAAAGCCAUGGUACUGGUGGUCAUGGCCUGUUCUUCCUUUAGGCCUAUCAUGGCACCACCAACGCCGCUACACCAUAAGUUACUCAGCGGAGAUGCCUUGGGUCCUAAUCCAAGCAGUGUUCUACCUAGGAAUCAUACUAGUCACGCGUCUAACGCGUUCCAGCAUGUCAAAGCUAUGUCACCGACGUUCUGACAAGAAUCUAACAGCUUUCAAGAUGGUUGCACUCCUCUUGAUCCUGUCAGCAUACAUUAUACCCUCCUUCAUCAUCCCACAGACCAUCCACCCGCUCAUGGGUUGGUCACUCUACUUGACCGGUUCUUUUGCUCUCUCCUCCAUUCCCAUCAAUGCUUUCUUGCUUCCAGUGCUCCAUGUUUUGACACCGUGGCUUGGCAUUCUCGGGACGCUCCUUGUGAUGGCUUUUCCCUCUUAUCCUGAUGGUGUUGUUAGAGCAUUGUCGGUUUUCGGAUAUGCCUUCUGUUGUGCACCGUUUCUAUGGGUCUCCUUUGUGAAGAUCACAUCCCAUCUUCAAAUUUUGAUUGACAAAGAGGUUUUGUUUCCGCGGUUGGGUGAGUCCGGGAGUAGUUCUAGUCUCAGCAAAUUGUAUUGAUUAAUACGGUGGAUUGCUUCUGUACAUAAAGGUUAGAGAAUAUUAACAAAUAUGAGAUUGGCUUUUUCUUCAUUUAAUAAAUAUCCUGUCAAA